AUGUAAUUAUUAACAUCUUUAACUAUUAACGCAGAAAGUAAAAACACAUAAGCUAAAUCAACUAAGACUUAGAACACGCAGACAUUCAAAGUGCAUUUUUAUCCCAAACAAUAUAUAAUUGAGACAAAUCAGAAAACCAUAACAAUAGAUAAACAUUUGAUUAUUGAUAGGGACAAUGGGAAUCUGUAUGAAAAAGAUGGAGCACCACCUUAGAGUGAACAUCAAUAAAUGGCUUUUUCGGCUUUUUUAGGUACAAUUUACAUUCUGGAUAAACCUUUCUUAUUGUUAGUGGAGGAGGCUGAAUUAAUUUGUACAAUAGACGAAUAAGAUAUAUUUUAGAUUGCCUCAGUGGCAUUCUUACCUUAUGAACCAAAUGAAAAAAUUAUGUAAUGUGCUAAGGCUAAUGAAAUUUUAAAAAUGAUAGGGCAUCUAAGGAAAUUAUUGAUUAUGGGAUUCUACUUCUCUUACGGAUAUGAUUUGACAUUAUCGAAAGUAAAAUAGAAGAUCGAGGAGAAGACUGAAGAGAAAUUCUUAUGGAAUCUGAAUUUGAUUAGAAAUCAUCUUAAGUAAUAAAUAGAUAGGAAAUGGUUGACCAAUAUCAUACAAGGAUUCAUAAAUUAUUUUUAUUUGUACAUCAAUGGAAAAAAACUAGACUUCUAUUUGAUGAGCAGGAGAUCAAGUAAAAGAGCUGGUACCAGAUAUAAUGCAAGAGGUAUAGAUGAUGAUGGUAAUGUUGCCAACUUCGUGGAAACAGAAUAGAUUAUAUAUUAUAAUAAUCAUUGCUGUUCUCAUCUUUAAGUGAGAGGGAGUGUCCCUAUAUUUUGGAAUCAAAGAGGAUUGUUGACAGAAACUAAAUUGAUGAGGUCAGCAGAAUUAACCAAAAGUGCAUAUAAGAAACAUUUCAAAGGUCUUUUGGAAGAUUAUUCAAGGGUUAUUUGUUUGAAUUUGAUGGCCAAAAAGAAAAGUGCAGAAUAGAUGGUUACAGAAGGAUUUGAAGAACAAGUAAAAUUGAAUUCGGAUGAAUUAAAUGGAAAUAUCAGAUAUGAGUGGUUUGACUUUCAUCAUGAAUGUAAAAACAAUGAUUUUUCAUAAUCUAACCCAUUGGUAAGGAAAUUGAUGGAACAUAUUAAAAACUUUGGAUUCUACUUAGAAGACUUAAAAACUAAAAAGGUUUUGUCAGUCUAACAUGGAAUCUUUAGGACCAAUUGUAUGGAUUGUCUUGAUAGAACCAAUUUCAUCUAAACCAAAAUAGCCAUGAGUGUUUUCGAUUUAUCAACAAAAUAAUUAGGAGUGGAUUUCUAAAAUCUUUUAAAAAUGUCACCCAUAGAAGCAUUAGAUGAAGAUUCAAGCAAAAUUACAAAUUAUUUCAUAUAGUAUUUCAAGAACAUUUGGGCAGACAAUGGUGACAUGUUAUCAAUCCAAUAUACAGGAACUGGAUCAACUCAUACCAAUAUUACUAGAACUGGACAGAGAGACAUCACUGGUUCUUUAGAUCAUGGUACCAAGUCAUUGAUAAGAUUUGUGAAUUAGAAUUUUGUGGAUAAUGAUAAAUAAGAGGCCAUUGAUAUUUUAUUGGGCAAUCAUGCUGAUAUCACUGCCUCAUAUAGUAAAUAGAUAGAUGAAAAGUUAAAAUCAAGAUUUUAGGAUUUUUGCAGCUUUUCUGAUCGAUCUAUUCUGGUGGUAACUUGGAAUGUAGGAGGACAAACUGUUUCAUAAUCUUACGAUUUAAAUAAAUAGAUUGUUGAUUACGCUGCUGACAUUAUUGUAGUUGGAUUACAAGAAAUGGUUACUUCUGGAACUGGACUGGUGGUUGGAUCAAAUUAAUAUCUAUAAGAUUGGGAUAAGUUGAUUGCCAAUAAUCUAAGAUAGAAGGAUAAGUAUAUCUACAUUAAAUCCAAAGAAUUGUUGGGAAUAGGAUUGUUUAUUUAUGCUAAGGAGAGAUUUCAAGACAGAAUCACCAAAGUUAGUUAUGAUACAAUUAAACUGGGUUUCUUGGGUCAAAUUGGAAAUAAAGGUGCUGUAGUAAUUAAAAUGUUGAUUGAUGAUACUUUAAUCUGUUUUAUCAAUUGCCAUUUAGAACAUGGAUAGAAGAGCCUCUCUACUAGAUUGCAGAGUCUCAAAGAUAUUCAUUAAAAUAUUUUCAACCAAAUAGGAAUAGGGAAGAAGAAAGAAGAGAAAAUUGAAUAAUGUGAUUAUCGAAUCUUAUUUGGAGAUCUAAAUUUCAGAAUCAACUAAGAAGCAGACAAAGUCAUCACAUCCACUCAAAGACACAAAUUGUUUAUAGAUUAGAGUAGAAUACAUGAAGCCAAGGAAACUCUUUAGUAUAUAGUUCAUUUAAUAUUAGAAACUUGUAAAAAACAAAAUUAAUAUCUAAAGUAGUACAAAGAAUCUGAUAUUAACUUUCUCCCUACAUAUAAAUUUGAACCCUAUUCAAAUAUAUAUGAUAAAUUAAGAACCCCAUCUUGGACCGACAGAAUCUUAGUGGGGUAGAAUGAGCAUUGUGAACACAAAUACCAAUAUUACAAAUGCCAUGAUAUCAAUUAUAGUGACCAUAGGCCAGUUAGUGCUUUAAUUAAUGUAAGGACCAGAAAAGAAAUUGCAGAAAAGAAAGCAGAAGUCAUUUAAUCAAUUUAUAAAAAUGAAUCAUGA